AUGCUGAACCUCUGUUUCCUCCUUUCCUUACUGUUCACCUGUGCUCAAGCUGUGUACUACAUCGACAGUGAUGGGGCUUAUAUAUAUAAUAAUGCAAGUGAAAUAGCUAAACUAAUCUUUUUGCCCCCAGUGCCCGUCUAUUUGGCUGGCUUUGGCAAGCUACAGGAUAUUGACGGUAGGAACGGAACCUUCAAACACUUUUAUAAUAGCAGUCAAGUUAACAUGGACUACAUAGACACAGUACUUGCGAAGCGUCUGUACUAUAAUUCAGAUACAAAUGAAUCUGUUUCUAAGCCGCAUACCGAAGCAAGUAGGAGUUAUAGUGUUGAACUGACGAGAAACCCAAUCGGCAAGUUAAUUGAAACUGUAAUGUCCAGGUGGUUAAAGCCACGUAAGCGGUGUAGCAAAACAACGUAUCAUAGAAAUCAUUUUUAUUACGGCAUUGAAACCUGCACCACCGCCAAGUAUUGUGAUCUUGAUACACCAUGGAAUAUCACAAAAGAAGCAGAGAGUUUAUUCAUGGAGGACCCAUUCUGGCUGCAAUUUCAAACCGGUUCCUACAUACAUGAGCAUGGGCCGGAAUGGCGGACCUGUUUGCAAUUUUAUCGUGACAAUGUCGAAGCAGACGACAAAAGCAUUCCUGCAUGCCCCCCAGGGUGGUGUGGAAACACAGAGACAUGA